UGGCUUACCCUCUUGCCUUGGAAAUUUUUUCAAACGCGCAAUUCAAAACAUUUAGGAAAACGCCGGAUAUACUCGAGAAAACCAUCUGAAAAGCAACAAAUUCCUACCUCCUGACCAUGUUCUGCACAAAAGUAGUUCAUCCAGCCCUGCGUGGGAAUCAAAUCAGUGGACGAAACCUUUUUUACUGGGUUAACAUAAUCUUCAAUACCGUGGACAAGAGACGCUUGAGGAAGGUUGGACCUGAUCGACUCUGUGCUGAAUGGGUGCUGAAAAAUGGCGGUGCUGUGAGAUUCUGUGAAAGCCCAAACAACCUCCUGGACAACUACAAUCUCCUGCCUCCUGAAGACACCUCAAAGGUCACCCUGAAAGAGAUCAACGCUACGAACAGUGCCAUCAUGACGAUUGGAUUUGCUCAUUUGGAAGGCUGCUCAAAGAUUGACAAAAUCAUCAUUGAGAAUUGCAAAUUCGUGGACAAUCGCGGAUUCCAUCACCUUGCCAAAGCCAAUGAAUCCCUGAAGCACCUGGAAAUUGGCCAAUGUGCCAAUGUCAGCGAUUCAGGACUGCUCGAACUGAAGAAUUUGAGCAAAUUGCAGAAGCUAGUGCUGAAAGAUCUACCAGGAGUGAAAGAUUGGCCAGGAUUGGAAGCACAGCUGAAGACUCAUCUCAAAGACUGCCAACUUCAAUUUAAACCAACUUGACAGAAAACUUUCUAUAUUUACACUUAAAAGAGAUACUUUUUGAAACCAAUUUGUGAAAUCUUAAGAAUAAUA